UAUGGGAAAAGGAGAAAACAGUUGAAAAUUCAGUCAAUCCAUCAUUCAUCAAACCUACACAGGAACCACACUCCUUUUCUUUUCCCUUCUUCUUUGCACGCGGAUUUGGAAUCCAAUCCAUGGUUUUUUAUAUGCUCCUAAGGCACGCACCGGGGGAGACAGACGGGGUGUUUAGACGCAACUCUUAUUGAUAUUCUUGAAUUUUAUCUCAUGUGCUGCACAUUCAACGCUCAUUAAGUGUUUGUAGAAAAAUUCUUCUGCAACUUUUUUCUUGGAUAAAUGGCAUCCGCGGCGAUAUUCUCGUCGUUGAGGAGGCGGAGGUCAACGUCGCUGGAGGGGUUUCUGGCGCCGGUGGAUUUAUCAAGAGCAGCCAUUUUGGAGACUUUGCGUGCUGUUUCUACGGAGCUGCUGUCAUCGUUUUCUAGUAACGAUAAAAGCACGCCGUUUUUCCAGAGGAAGAAUUCGAGAUCCUUAAUUCGGAAAAUCCAGGUAAUCUCUGUUUUUCUGGAUGCUUAUGCCGAUGUGGGAUUCUCGAAAAUGACUUCCACAGUCCCUUUAUGCUUGAAGGAGUUGUACCUCCUGAUUUACAGGUCUAAAAUCUUGAUUGAUUAUGUCAAAGGGUCGAGUAAGUUAUGGUUGUUGCUUCAGAACCACUCUAUGUCAGGUCACUUCCAUGAUCUCAACCAGGAAAUCUCCACCCUUUUGGAUGUUUUUCCUUCGGGUGAAAUCAAUUUAUCUGAAGAUGUUAAAGAACAAGUCGAGGUGUUAUGCAAGCAAUCAAGGAAGUCGAAAUUGUUUAUUGACAAGCACGAUGAUUUGUUGAGGUUGAAGUUAUAUUAUUUCUUGCAUGAGUUUGAAAAUGGGAGGAUUCCUGAAAGGACUGAGUUGCACACAUUUUUUGUAGAGAAGUUGGGAAUUUGCAAUGUGAAAAGUUUUAGAUUUGAGAUUGAAUUCUUGGAGGAUCAGAUUGUAAAUCAUGAUGGGGAUAUUGAGCCCGCAGCCUCCGUUCUUAAUGGAUUUGUGGCUUUAAUGCGGUACUGUAGGUUCUUGCUGUUUAGAUUUGAGGAUGAGGAUGGUGAAUUGCAUAAGUGGAACCAGAAGAAGAUGAAUAAAGGAUUGGUUACACAGGAGAUUGGGGAUACAUUGGCUGCGAUCCCCAAGGAUUUCUGUUGCCCGAUAUCACUGGAUUUGAUGAAGGAUCCAGUGAUAGUAUCAACAGGGCAAACCUACGACCGUGUAUCCAUCGCAAGAUGGAUGCAGGAAGGGCAUUGCACUUGCCCUAAGACAGGGCAGAUGCUUGUUCAUACUAAGUUGGUGCCAAAUCGGGCUCUGAGAAAUCUGAUUAUGCAAUGGUGUAUGGCUAACGGGAUCCCAUAUGAUCCACCAGAGAACUCAGAUUAUUCUUCUGAAAGUGCAGUGGCUGCUCGUCCGAGUAAGGCUGCAACUGAAGCUACUAAAGCCACAACACAUCUUCUUGUUGAACAGCUGGCUAAUGGGACGCUGAGAGCCCAGACUGUGGCAGCCAGGGAGAUUAGAUUGUUGGCAAAAACAGGUAGACAGAAUAGGGCUUGCAUUGCUGAGGCUGGUGCCAUUCCCCUUCUUAAAAGGCUACUUUUGUCUUCAGAUGCUGUUGCACAAGAGAAUUCUGUAACAGCAAUGCUAAACUUGUCUAUAUACGAUAAAAAUAAGGGCAUAAUCAUGGAUGUAGAAGGGUUUCUAGGGGCAAUUAUUGGAGUUUUGAGAUACGGGCACACAAUUGAGGCCCGGGAAAAUGCUGCAGCAACAUUAUUCAGUCUCUCUGCUGUUCAUGACUAUAAGAAACAAAUAGCCCAAGAAGAAUGGGCGAUAAAAGCUUUGGCUGGACUCUUGACAGAGGGGACACCAAGAGGGAAAAGAGAUGCUGUGACUGCCUUAUUUAAUUUGUGUACCCACACAGAGAAUUGUGCAAGAAUGAUAGACUCAGGGGCUAUUACAGCAUUAAUCGGGGCACUGGGAUGUGAAGGCGUCUCUGAAGAAGCGGCUGUGUGAUUGGCUCUUACCGUCCCCCAGCCAUUAGGGGCCGAAGUGGUGGCAAAAGAGGAAAAGGCAGUGGCAGGGCUGAUCGGAAUGAUGCGAUGUGGCACUCCAAGGGGAAAAGAAAAUGCUGUAGCGGCAUUGCUUGAGUUAUGUAGAAGUGGUGGUGCAGCCGCCACAGAGAUGGUGGUGAAGGCUCCAGCAUUGGCUGGAUUGCUGCAGAGUCUGCUGUUUACGGGGACGAAGCGAGCUAGAAGAAAAGCAGCAUCACUUGCUAGAGUCUUCCAGAGGUGUGAGAAUGCCUCCCGGCAUUUUGGCGGAUUAGGAUUAGGGUAUGGAUAUGCUGAAAACUCAGCUGUAGCUAGGGAUACAAGUUUUUCCAGUGAUGUUGCUAUGCCAAUGUCCAUUUCGGUGCCUGUAUUAUAGUGUUACCCCGUAACAUCCCCAUUCUUUAUCUGUAAUAUUUUUAUAAAGUUUUUCAUUCAAAUUAUAUGAGAAAAUAGAGGUUAUAGAUGUCUGAAAAAA